AUGCAACUUACUUUAAAGGGAAAAAAGGCCCCGAUCAACAAACAACUGAACAAACAGCUCACCAUGAAAAAAGGCAUCAAGUGGUAUAUCAGCGUGCAAGCUAAACUCGUGAAAACCAACAGCGAAGGCGAAGUAGUGACCUCUGAGCCGCACUUUAGAAGCUGCUGUAAUACUACGGUAAAUUCUAAUGAAAUUGUAAAGCAGUUAAAUGAAGCUAACGAAAAAAUCACAAAAGCAUUGGCGACCUAUCAAAGAGAAGGAAGUGGUUGGCUACUAUCAAAAAUCCUACAUGUCCACCUACACAUAGCGCAAUACACACCAAUCAAAGGAUYCAGCUACCUCCCUCUACCUAAGAAGCUCAAAGAUAAGAAAGCCAUUUUAAACAUUCAAAAUAACGACAACCAGUGCUUCAAAUGGUGCAUUUUGGCUGCUCUWCACCCUGUUAACCGACAAGAUCACCCUCACCGAGUUCAACAYUAUCUGCCCUAUGAAAAUGAAGUGAGCUGUGUAGGAAUAGAAUUCCCUGUUACUGUUGCUAAAAUCCCUAAAUUUGAAAAACAGAAUGGCAUUGCUGUUAACGUCUUCGGGUUUGAAGAUGGAACGCUUUUCCCUGUGUAUAUUACUGAGCACAGAUUCGAAACCCAUGUAAACCUACUUCUCUAUUCUCAAGGUCUGCAAAGUCACUAUUGUCUAAUUCGAAAUCUAGACCGAUUGCUUUCUGAUCAGAGCAGGCAUAAUGGAACAAUGUUUCGCUGCCCCUACUGUUUCCAUGGMUUUGUGCGAGAAKAUCUCCUACAGGACCACCAAAUGCGYUGUAGGAAACAUGGCGCACAGAGGAUUGAGCUCCCCGAUGAUGAGAAYAUGUUUUUAUCCUUUAAAGAUGUUCAAAAGCAACUGAAAGCCCCCUUUGUCAUCUAUGCUGAUUUCGAAAGUCUCACCACUAAGGUCCAAUCAACUUCUCAAGACCCUUCGAUCUCUUCCACAACAAAAUACCAGCAUCAUCAAGCCUGUGGUUUUUCAUACAUUGUUUUAUCUGAAAGACCAGAUUACUGUAAAGCACCAAUAGUCUAUCGAGGGGAGAAUGCUGUGGAAAAAUUCCUAGAGCUACUCCAAGAAGAGGAAAGACGAAUUAGUACCAUUUUGGAAGAAAUUGUCCCUAUGAACUUAACCCCAGAAGAAGAAGAAGUAGAAUUUCAAAACGCCACCCACUGCCACAUUUGCAACGAGGUAUUAGGAGCGGAUAAAGUUCGCGAACACUGCCAUCUUACGGGUCGGUUUAGAGGAGCAGCWCAUAAUGAUUGCAACCUAAACUACAAGUUUACUGGACGUAUCCCAGUUAUCUUGCACAACAUGAAAGGAUACGACAGCCAUCUGAUUAUGCAGGAACUGGGUAAAAUAAAGGAYAAACCCAUUAACUGCAUUGCUAAUAAUAUGGAAAAGUAUAUCACCUUCUCUAUAGGAAACUUACAUUUUCUCGACUCUCUGCAGUUCAUGAAUGCGUCACUGGAAAAGCUUGUCUCUAACCUGGCCAAAGAGGGUGAUGUUAAAUUUAAAAUUUUAAAGGARCACAUYCCCGAUGCCAGUAAAAUCUCACUUCUUCUUCGAAAAGGCGUCUACCCUUACGACUACAUGGACAAUGUGCAGAAAUUUGRAGAAUCCACCCUUCCACCUCAAUCAGCUUUCUACAGCUCUCUCACAGACGAGAACAUCAGUGAUACCGACUAUCUUCAUGCUAAAAAUGUCUUCAACGCCUUCCAAAUGACCAAUCUGGGUGACUAUCAUGAUCUAUACCUCCUCACAGAUGUUCUGUUAUUGGCUGAUGUGUUUGAAAACUUUCGGAACAUUUGCCUUAAUUACUACAAGCUUGAUCCUGUUCACUAUUAUACAAGUCCCGGACUAGCUUGGGCAGCUUGUCUUAAAAUGACUGGUGUUGAACUUGAACUUUUAACUGACCCGGAUAUGUAUCUGUUUAUUGAAGAUGGUUUAAGAGGUGGUAUCAGUAUGAUAAGUCAUCGUUAUGCCAGAGYAAACAACCCAUAUACGCCAAACCACGACUCUUCACUCCCUAAUAAUUAUAUAAUGUAUCUCGAUGCUAACAACUUAUAUGGAUGGGCCAUGAGCCAACCGCUCCCAACUCACGACUUUGCCUGGCUCACGGAACAAGAAAUAGAAGCAUUUGAUAUAUCUGGUAUCCCUGAAGAUAGUGAAGAUG